AUGUUAGGGAAGCGGAAACGGGAAGUCGCUGUUACGACCCGACAAAGAUUGCGCCCUUCCGACCAGGAAGACGACGAACGACAGACUCUCACAACGCCUCUCGACGCCGAUCGAGAAAUAUUCCGCAAAUAUUUCGAGUCCGCUUUCGAACCUCUGCCAGAGAUUGAGACUACUGCGCUCGCUGCGCCAGAAAAGGAGGAAGAGGAAGAGAGUCAAGGCGGCGUAGGGGACACUGGUUUGGUCGAGGAAGAGUCGGAGUGGGAUGGCCUCUCAGAUUCAGGGCACCAGGACGGCGCGGUUGAGGUUGUGGAACAUCGCGCAGCCAGUGACCCGGCAGAAGAAGCUAAGACUCGUAGACAACACUACAAGACCUUCAUGAGUUCCCGGCCCCCAAAGGAGAUACAAGGUGUAGUCACCAAAGAUUCAGCCAGGCAGGGCGACGAUGAUGACGCUGCCGAAGCCUUGAAUCUCAAACAUGACCUUGACCUUCAACGACUCCUGAAAGAAUCCCAUCUACUCGAGCAAGCAAAGGCAUCACCCACACUAGGAUCCCAUCGGCACAAGAUGGUGGACAUGCGAAUGCAGGCCUUGGGUUCAAAGGGGUCCAUGUUUCAUCAAGAGAAGAUGCCACUGGCGCAUAGAAGGGGGAUCCUUGCGAAGGCGGCAGAGCGUGAGGCUAGUCGAAGAAAGGAGGCCCAGGAGAAUGGCAUCAUCCUGGAGAAAGCCUCGGGAAAAACGAGGCCCAAAGACACCCGAAGAGAGCGUGGCGUCGAUGUCCCUGCUGUGGGCAAAUUUCGAGGAGGAACUCUGACGCUCAGCAAGAAAGACGUCUUCGAUAUCCAGGGACAGGGUUUUUCUAAACCCCGUGGCAAGACUCGACGACGAUGA